AUGGUAGCUGUGCGAAGGUUUUAAGAACGUCGUAUUCACAGUAUUCACUGACUUUUUUCACACGUGGCCAGCUGGUUCCUGACGUGGUGGCUCGCCACUGCCCCAAUUCGAACCCCAAUGUUCCAACCACCACAGGUUCCCCAACAAAAAGCACCAGCCACUUGGAAUCUUGGAAUCGAAUCAAUCACAUCGUUUCAACAAGCUAAUCGAAAAAGACUCUGAUACUCCAAAGCACCGAAAAACCACGCACCUGUUUUGCAGCUUUAGACCAAACCAGAGACGAGGGAGACAAAUUUUAAUACACAACACAUGUAUGAUGUAUGUAUUGAAAGAUGGGAAAUGAAGACUACCCGACUGCAGGAACGGCCGUACCGGCCUUUGGAGGAGUGGAGAAGGAAAAGGUGAAAGAGGAAGCCAAUGAGAAGGCCAUCGGGAAAGAGACCGGUAAAGAGACCAACAACAGUGGCUACACCGACCGUACCGAUGGUAGUCUGAUCAGCACCCGAGAAGAAGGAGGAUUGUCGUCAUGGCCACCGGUCGUAGUCCGCAGCCCAGGUGGUACCGGUAUCAUGAGUCCAGGUGGUGUCAUGGACCUACCGGAUGCGGUUCCAAGCCCUAUUGGGGCUCAGGGACUCCCCGGUGCUUAUGCAGCGGGACCUUCCCGCCCCUUUGAUGAAGUCGAAGAGGGGUGGCCCAUGGAUGACUUUGCCGACACUGGUGAUGCCCCUGCACCUGGUGCUGACAAUGAUGAGAAUCUGGUUGUGGCCAAUCGAGUAGAGGACUUGGACGCACAAGAUUUGCCUCAAGCGGAACCGGAAGGCAAUAACGGCAACGCUGCAUCGAAACAACGGCAAAAUGACCAAUUGAAGCAAACCCUGAUUGCGGCAUCCUGCUGUAUCCCAGUGAUUGUAGUCAUAGUCCUACUGCUAGUUCUUUUGAGCAAAAACAGCUCAAGCUCGAAUGAUGCAAACAACACGCCAUCCCCUGCUACAGCUUCACCAACCAGUGCCGUGUCACAAGAACCCACCACAAUCGAUCAGUACAUGCUUUCUCUGCUUCCAAAUGAAACCGUUGCGGCAAUCGAGACAGACCCGGCAUCACCACAGGGAAGGGCUUUUCAGUGGCUGCAAGAGGAGGGUGAAACGACAAGUAAUAUCCAUUACCUUUCCCAUCAACGUAUCAAGCAACGAUUUGCCUUGGCCACCUUGUACUUUGCCACCAAUGGAGCUGAUUGGACAAACAGUACAAACUGGCUUGACCAUGGUGUCCAUGAAUGUGAAUGGUACAACCAACCUUACUUUGCACUCAAACCAAUCAUUUCCCGCUAUUAUCCAGGAUACUUGGAUGGAUUCUUUAAUUCCACAACUGCAAAUGGCCAACCCAAGCCUUGCCAUGAUGUGACCGAUCUCUAUGAGCACUUAUGGUUGGACCAAAACAAUCUGGUGGGCACACUACCAGAAGAAGUCUACUUGCUGACAUCACUCGAAACCCUGUCCACUGGAUUGAACGUUGAGCUACAAGGAACCAUUUCAUCAAAGGUUGGACAGCUCACCUCUUUGCAAGGACUGGCGUUGUUCUCUCAACGAAAUGCUGGAAUCAUCCCAUCAGAAAUUGGAUUGCUCAGCCAUCUUCGAGCACUCUACCUAGGAGGAAACAACCAUCAGGGAGUGAUCCCUAGUGAGUUCUGGAAACUGACAUCUCUGGAAUACAUACUAAUGGGGCGCAAUCCUCAGCUGCAAGGAACCCUUCCAUCGGAGCUGGGCAGCUUUGCCAGUUUGAAGUGGUUCAUUACAUCUACUUGUAACAUAUCUGGAACCAUCCCUUCUGAAAUGGGUAAACUCAAAGCCCUGGAACAGUUUUACAUAUCUACAAAUUCACUGUCGGGUUCGCUUCCCAGUGAGCUGGGACAGCUGUCCAAGCUGUCUGUGGUUUCAUUGUUCAGCAAUUUCUUAGAAGGGAGACUGCCUACCCAGUUGGGUCUCCUUACAUCUCUAAUCUUGCUCACUAUCCGAGACAACGAGCUAUCAGGACCACUGCCAACGGAAAUCGGGCUCCUAACCAACCUAGCCGAUUAUCUGAAUCUGGAAAACAAUGCAGCCCUCUCUGGAACUAUCCCAAGUGAGCUUGGUCGCUUGACGAUGCUGCAGGAAUUGACCUUGUUCAAUAAUGAGCUGUCUGGCGAGAUCCCCAGCCAAUUUGGCCAACUGACAUCCAUGGUUCACAUGAAUCUUGCCAACAACUCCCUUUCUGGGACUGUACCCCAAGAGUUGACACCUUUGUCACAGUCUCUCCACACGUUCAAUCUGGAAGGGAAUCCUUUGUUGUCUGGGAUUGUGCCGAAUGCACUCUGCAACAUCAGUGGAACCUGCGAAGAAAGUGCUCUGGAUUGGGUGUGUGAAGGUCCUUUUGGUUUGACCAUGGACUGCACUGGUCUCUUGUGUGGCUGUGAUUGUCCCUGUUAGGUGAUAGAAUCAUGGAUAGCCAGGCGCGCUGGCCAUCUGCUCUGAGAGAAACUUAAACUAAACUACAUAUUUUGAUUUC